AUGGUGUCGGCCGUCACUAGCCGCGGACUUGCUCGAUUCACAGCCAUUGUCACUUCGGCGCGUCACGCGGGUCAUCAGCGCUCUUGUCACGGCAUACGAGAAUCGUGCACGCCUAAAGAGCGACCACCGUGCCCACCAUGUGAAUCACCACCGCCACCAGCCUGCCGCGAGGCCACCCAAGACUCCCAGUGUGCUGUCCGCAAAGUGUGCUGCGCGCCGCCUUCCGGACUCCGCCCACCGUGCCCACCACCAGAGCCCCCAUGCGCUCUUACAUGCGAGAAUACAUCGAAGGUUGUGAACGUGACUAUGGAAGCACGCCAAGUGGCGGGAUGUGGCGUUCAGCUCGACCGUGUGGCGCAAAGACAUGCCGCCGCCAAACACCGACGGCGUGAGCAGUACGAGGACGAGGCGAGGCAGUUAUCACAGUCGAACCUGUCACCCACACCUGCCGAACCUUACAACCUCAGGGGCGUGCAACAUUGCGCACGGGCCACUGACGGCCAUGACUACAUCUGCGCCCAAACACCAACUCCCACGCGCACCUGUGUUAACGGCGUUCCACCGCCACCGACGCCGGUGCCACUCAAGUCCUCUAAAGGCUGCGAAAUUCAAAGAAAUCACCACCUCGACCCCUGCUCUCAUAAACCACGAGUCUUUGUAGAAAUAGAUCGAAGUGAAAACAUUAAAGCUACUGAGAAAACUAGUACCGAGAAAACCGCUACCAAGUCGACUUGUGCACGUAAACAGUGCGGGGAAAAUAAAAAAGAGUGGUGCAAAUCACCGCCUCAGUUGGCUAAUGUUCCGCCACCCUGCCGAGAGCCUAGUUUAGUUGAACGACUUCGCCGUGGUAUCGGGGGCACCGACGGUAAGCCCUCGCACCGUGCCUUGCACACUCGCCCCGACACAGGGUUCUCGCUGGCUGCUCUCGUCGUCUCCCGUUCUGAGAACACACCUCAGUCCGAUAAGCUCUCGGCUAUUUUGAAAGAUACAGAAAAAUAUGAAGAAACCGGACGAGGGCGCACAAUAGGUUUGAUUAACAAUAACGUAAAAGCAACGAAGUCGAACUUUGGGUCUCUUGAGUUACAGAUUCCAUCAGAUGCUGAUUCUGUGAGGGUCAGUGUGACACUAGAUGUCGCACAAACCGCUGGAAAUGCAACGGCCCGGCAGGCGACAACGAAAUGCGCGCGCCGCGGGUCUUCGGACACGUGGCUUUCUAUAAAAAACAUACAGAAAAAACUUUCAAGCAGUAAAAAGAGAGAUCCGAAACCAUCUGAAAAAGAAACUAGCUGCCCCGUGCCACCGCGGGUCAUUCCUGCAAAUCCUUGCGCCCCUUCCCGUUCGCAGCCUCCUAAUCCACCCUGUCCUCCCUCCAAGGCCGACCCCUGCGCUCCAAAGGAUAACCGCACACGUUCCGUUUGUGCCUUUUACCCACUUCAUCUUUUAUCGUGA